AUGUUGUUGGAGAGUGUUGAGAAGAUGAAAGAAGAAAAUGGAGGAUCUUUCUGCACAUCCACAUACCUUAGUGAACAGGUGGGAGAAAUCCUGAAAUAUAAGACUCGUUUGGAAGAGAUCAUGGGGAUCCAGUUAAGAGAGACAAAGACUCAACAAGGUUUAAAAGAAGGUCCAGAGGAUCUCCGGAUAGUGCUGCUGGGUAAGACUGGAGUUGGGAAGAGCGCUACAGGAAACACCAUCUUAGGGAGAGAAGUGUUUGAGGCAGAAGCAUCGGCUGAAUCAGUUACUAGCACGUGUCAGAGAGAGGUGGCUGAAGUCAAUGGGAGGCAGAUUAUAGUCAUUGACACUCCAGGGUUGUUUGAUACUAAGAUCAGUAAUGAGGAAAUCCAGAGAGAAAUGACUAACUGUGUCUCAAUGGUGCUACCAGGUCCACAUGUGUUCCUCUUGCUGAUACAAGUGGGACGGUUUACUAUAGAGGAGAGACAAGCAGUACAGAUCAUUCAAAGCACUUUUGGUGAAAACGCCAUAAAGUAUACAAUAGUGCUCUUCACUAGAGGAGAUGAUCUGAAGAACAAGUCCAUUGAACAGUUCCUGGCAAUGUCUGGAUCUUUUCUCAUGAACCUUAUUGAACAAUGUGGUAAUAGAUACCAUGUGCUCAACAACAACCAGACAGAAGAUGAUACUCAGGUUUCUACUCUCCUCAAUAAAAUCGACUCCAUGGUGGCAGUGAACGGAGGAGGCUAUUACACUAAUAGGAUGUUCCAGCAGAUGGAGAAGGCUCUCCAAGAACAAAGGGAGAGGGAGAUGAAGGAGAGAGAGGAGGAGUUGAUUAGAGAAAAGGAGGACAUGAGAAAGAAAAAAGAAGAUCUCCAGGCCAAAUAUAAAGCAAAGAUGGAGAGAAUGAAGCAGGCAAUGGAGGAAGAAAAGCAGAAUGCAGACAAAGAGAGGAAGAGAAGAGAAGAAGAACACAAUCUAGAAAGGGAAAAGAGACAGCGAGAGAAUGAUGUAGAACGAGUUAAAACAGAAAAAGAGGAGCUGGAAAGAAAGAAGACUGAGGAGAUGAAAAGAGCACAAGAGGAAUGGGAGAGGCAGAAACAAGAGGAAAACAAGAAAAGAGAUGAAGAGGAAGAGAAGAGGAGGAAGAGAGAUCAUUUCCUGAAGCAGCUCAUAGUGACUAAACUCUCCCAGUGUCAGUAUGCUCUGCCUCUGCUUGUGCCCAAUCCCUUGACCGAAGAGAUCGAAUUUCCACUCUGGACAUUUCACCAAAUCAAGAAGAGCUGGAAGAAAGUUCAAAACAAAGAUGAAAUCAUCAGCCAAAGCCAGUCUGUUUGUAAAGUGAAAACUCCAAUGGUGGCUUUCUUCAGGUUGGGCUCUGUGUCUUCAUCCAAGUCUCAGCUGAUGAACAGCCUGAUCAAUGAGAAGCACAACACAUUCUUCCACAGGAACUGUCCAGGCAGCAGCAAAACCAGACUACUGUUGGAUGGAGUGGUGGAGAUCACCUGGUACUGCCCCUCUGGGAAACCCUCUGAUAAAUUCACUGACUGUGUUGCUUUCUGCAAUCUCCAUGGCGAUGCCGGAGCCCAUCCUUUGCAGAGGAGGAUUCUGAUGGAAAUGGCCACAAUAAAUGUUGUUCUUCUGUCUGAGCUGGAGAAGACUGACGAUAGCAUGGCCAAAGUGCAGGAGCUCUUUGAAUCUCCAAAACCUCUCAUCUGCAUUCUCACUGAAGAUGAAGAUCCCAUUACUGAGAUUAAGAAAGGUGAUAGUUGA